AUGGCUUCCCACGAUCAGUCCCAGAGCGCGGGCCCUUCCCCGAAAAAUAUGAAACAUCGCAGCGUGAGUCCGUCGCACCAUGGCCAACACGGACUCAGCGCGGACCCUUCCAUGGCUGCAUUUGCGCCCUCCUUCGACAACUCCAACUCCGACCCGAACAUCGGUGCCGACUCGUAUGGCUACUCCCCAAGUUACCUUUCCGGGCCACCCUCGGCGCAGACAUUGGCUCCCCCAACCAAUCAGGCCUUCCCUCCGAGUAUCAAUACCAGCAACAUGCCGAUGUCGCAGUCGUUCGAGGCGAGCCUGGUCAACCAGCUGGAGCAAUCCUCGUCCGGUCUCCGGCCGAUGCAGCCAGAUGAGAACUUCUCCAAUCUUCUCCAUUCCAAUUCGGCGGACGUGGAUUUCUCCCUCUAUCAGAACCACAGCCCCAACAGCGCCACAACGUCCGAGUACGACUCGCUACUGCUAGACCCCCAAAUGCACCAGCGCCAACAAUCAAUGAACCAAGCCAUCAACCCCGCCGACCUGGUCAGCCCAAUCUCGAACCCCUCGGCUUCCUCCCAUCACUCAUCGCAAGACCCGCAGCAUUCGUCGCCGGGCCCCAUGUCCCCCCCCGGGUCCACGCCGGGCACGUACUACACACCCCAGCAUUCGCGACACACCUCGCUAGAUCCAGCCACCGCGGCCUACCUUAGCGCCCAAUCGAACACUGAUUGGCAGUCUGUGGUGAACAACUCCGCUUUCCAGGGUCAUCGCAGGGCUCCCUCGGAGGUGUCGGAGGUUUCUUCGGCCAACCACUCUCCAUACCUAUCUCACCAUGAGUUCGAUGGGAUUGAAAACGAUACAUCCCCUUCCCUGGCGCCCCAGAACGACCCCACCCUCUAUGAAAAUACACUGGGGAUUGAAUCGUUCACACUGGUCGAGCAGCAGCAGCAGCAGCAGCAACAGCAACAGCAGCAAGGAUUUAGCCCUCUCCACAGCCCGUAUAUCUCGCCGCAAUUAGUGCCACAGCAGGGGCCAGAAAUGGUGCCGAGCGCGCCUUAUCUAUCCCCUGCUGUCACUUCUCCAUUCCCUUCUGCUCCGACCGACAUAUAUGGAAUGCCUGCAGACGACGGGAUGAAUGUCGCGCAACAGAAUACCGCCGAUAUUGGGCAAGCUUCUCAGAUGGCGCCUCCGUCGAUUAAUGUGGAGUUUGCUCCGCCGUCGCGGGAUCCAAGCUUUGGUCCCUCCAAGCCUACGACAGACCUAGACUCGCUGAGUCCUCCGGCCAUGCGAUCCCGCAUGCGCAGCAAAUCGGACCCUUAUACACACCCCGCUUCCCGUUCAAGGUCUCCCGCGACUUCGACGACGAGUCUUGAACCUCGAGCGCCUACCUCACCACGCUCGCUGUCACCUAUCGGGUCAGCCCACUCACGCAGUAAUCCCAGCUCGCGAGACGCGUCACCAUCUCGUUCUAACCGACGCCUUUCGACAUCCUCGAUUGAGAGUCGGAACUACAUCUUGGAUCUGGCCGAUCCCCAGCGGCCGGGGGCGGCGCCUGAUAAUUCCAGGCGAGUCCAGAAGCACCCGGCCACGUUUCAAUGCACGCUGUGCCCGAAACGAUUCACGCGCGCCUACAAUUUGCGAUCUCACCUUCGCACCCACACGGACGAGAGACCAUUCGUUUGCACCGUGUGCGGCAAGGCCUUCGCACGACAACAUGAUCGGAAGCGACACGAGGGCUUGCAUUCCGGGGAGAAGAAAUUUGUUUGUCGGGGAGACUUGUCCAGAAGCGGGCAGUGGGGUUGUGGUCGCCGGUUCGCUCGCGCAGAUGCUCUGGGUCGUCACUUCAGAUCGGAAGCAGGCCGCGUGUGCAUCAAGCCACUCCUGGACGAAGAAUCGCAAGAGCGUGAGCGUGUCCUUCUUGAUCACCAACAACAGCCACAGGCAUCCGGUCACCUCCAACCCGUCCCGCAACCAUUGGUCAUGCCCAGUGUCCCCGGAAUGGACAGCCAGACCUCGGGCAACUUUGUCCUACCGGCCGCGCUCCUUGCGCAGUAUCCUGCCCUCCAAACCUUGCAGUGGGACCAAAUCCCUGCGGCGGGUGAUGAGCCGGGUGAGAUUGGAGGCCGCAGCAGCUUCGAUGCCAGCUCUGGCGGCGAAUUCGGUUUCGACGAGGACGAGUCUGGUCUCAGCAGCGUCUCUGGGAUGAGUGGUGGCUACGGCAACACCCAGGGCAAUAUGUUUGGGGUCAACAACUCCGGCCAGAUGUUGGGUGUCAACCCAGGGGAUCCUGGGUAUUCCGACCAAAAAUGGGGUGGAUGA